CCUAUAUACUCUCUGUACUCUCCGCUCUCUUCCACUUUGGUAUGACGAGUUCAUAUACUUGUUGGUCACUAUCAAAAUAGCUACGAAAACAAAUGCUAGAUUUUCUUGUGCUGCUUCUCACUCAUUAAUUUUGAAAAGUUUCAGAAAAAAUGUGGAGUAUUGUUUUUUUUAAUCAAAUAAAGUGUAUUUGAGUGCUGUGUUGCGUUGCGGGCACUUUGAAUAAUCCUCCAUUAAAUUUUUUUUCUCUGUCGCAAUUGAUGCGAUUGAUAGUUGCAAUAAUAGGAUUGUUUUUAUCUAAUUGUAUCAAAAUUAUUUGAUAAUUCGAACCUCUCGGUACGAAAGGAAUAAAUAUAUUUCAAAAUAUAUUUCAUAAGGACGAUAUUGAACCGAGAGUCGAGAAAUUUGAGCACAGAAUGAGCUCAAAUAACGCCAGAGCAUUGUUUGCGUGCUCCAGGUGUUUUUCAAGGCAUCCUUUCGAGGAAUUAUCACCGGGACAGCAACUCUGCAAGGAAUGCCGUGGCUCAUUUCCCGUGGUCAAGUGUACGUACUGUCGAUCGGAGUUCCAACAGGCAAUUAAGGGUAAUACGUGUACGAUAUGUAAAAAAUGUGAGCAAAACGUAAAAGCUUAUGGUAAACCAUCAGCCUGUGAGUACUGCAACACUAUUGCCGCAUUCAUUGGUAGUAAAUGUCAGCGUUGUACAAAUUCAGAAAAAAGGUAUGGCCCUCCUGUGACAUGUGAACAAUGCAAGCAAAAAUGUGCCUUUGAUCGACAGGAUGAAGAUAAAAAGGUUGAUGGUAAAUUACUGUGCUGGUUGUGCACAUUGUCCUACAAGCGUGCACUGGCAAAAACAAAGCAAUCGGAUGCUGACAGAAGAGCUCAUUUGAAAUUAGCACACGAACGAGCUUCUAAACACAAAGAGCAAAAAUUAAAAGGACACAACAAAAGGCCUCAUCGCAUCGAUGUUACAAAACUACCCCCUCAACCAGAUCCAACAGAAACAACUUGUCCGGCACCUAUGAAGGUUGCUCGAAUGGUGGGUGCUCAUGAUCCACACGAUCCGAAUAGCUCUGACCACGUUGUUGCUGUGACUCAACUCAAAGAAAAAAUUGCACAUCUCCAGAAGCAAUUGUCACAAAAGGAUAGUCAACUAUUGACCAAGGAUAGACAUAUAACGGAAUUGAAGGCGAAAAAUUUUACUGCUGAAACUGAAUUACGUAAUAAAAUGAAAGCAACGGAAAAGGAGUAUGAAGCUAAGGUCUCUGGGAUGCAGCAAAAAAUUUCAGGAUUAUUGAAGGAAGUCGCUACAUUAUCAAAAAGUAAUAAACGGGGUGACAGACUUGCCGCAACUAAAAGUGAAACUGGCACGAAUAGUGGUAGUGGAACAGACAGUCCUGUACCUUGAUGCGGGUUACUGAUUAGCUGUGACGAGACGUUGAUUAUUGAAUGUCAAUACUCGAAUUCACAUGAUCCACCAAAUACAUAUAGAAAAUGCUCUCCAUUCAAAUUAUCGAUUCCAUUAUUUUUUUCAUUACGAAUAAGCAAUACGACUGAACCUCAUACGUUUAACCAGCAAGCAUUGUUUUAUCAAUUAAAACAAAAUUAUGUUGAAUUCAUUCAAUAUCAACAAUACAAUGAUUAAAUGGAAUAAAAUAAAUGAAAUUUAAUGAUAAAUAAUGAUGAAGCUGAUGAUAAAAGUAUAAAUGAUGAUAAAAAGAAACAGUCUCAUUAAACUAUGAGGGUAAAAAUUAUUUUCUUUGAGUGUAUCACAAAAUUAGUCACUCUGAAAAUUCAGCAAUCUAUUGUUUAUGCAGCAUACAACUAUAAUUGUAAAUUCUUAUUGAUUGAAAUUUCUGAAUCGAUAUGUCAUGAGAACAAUAAUGUUCCAUUUUUGUCAAUUAAUUUUAAAAAUUUGUGCUGGUUCUUAUGAAUGUGAACGUUCAAUUAGAUUUGCAGUGAAAUUUUGUGAUCAUGUAAAUUUAUAACUUCCGACAAAUACAGAAAGUAUUUUCACAA